GUUUCACUCCCUCGCAAAACCCUCACCCCUCUUUCCAGCCCUCGUCUUUCUCUCGGCCGCCGUCAGAGAGAAGGUACACCCUGAUCCCGAGCUCCGGCGGCGCGAUCGGGACCUGAGGGUUCGAAGAGGAGGAGAAGAAGACGCCACAGAUCAGCGCCUCAAGCUCAUCGCAUCACAGGUCGCACGCUUCAAACCCUAUCGUCGAGGAGAUCUCCUCCACGCCUACACCAGAGCUCCAUCAGUUCCUGCCUUUUGGAGUAGGUGUUAGUAUUUGGUAAUUAUGGCUACAUUCGCUAAGCCAGAGAAUGCUUUGAAGCGGGCUGAGGAAUUGAUAAAUGUUGGCCAAAAGCAAGCAGCUUUACAAGCUCUCCAUGACCUCAUCACUUCCAAAAGGUACAGGGCGUGGCAGAAGACCCUGGAAAAAAUCAUGUUUAAAUAUGUAGAACUUUGUGUGGACAUGAGAAGAGGCAGAUAUGCAAAGGAUGGGCUUAUCCAAUACCGUAUCGUAUGCCAGCAAGUAAAUGUCAGCUCUUUGGAGGAGGUGAUAAAACAUUUCAUGCAGUUAUCCACUGAGAGGGCUGAGCAAGCUAGGAGCCAAUCGCAGGCCCUGGAAGAUGCUCUGGAUGUGGAGGAUUUAGAAGCAGAUAAGAGGCCUGAGGACUUGAUGCUGAGUUAUGUCAGUGGGGAGAAAGGAAAGGACAGGUCUGACAGGGAGCUUGUAACUCCAUGGUUCAAAUUUUUGUGGGAAACAUAUAGAACAGUGCUUGAGAUUCUGAGGAACAAUUCAAAGUUGGAGGCUCUGUAUGCGAUGACAGCACACCGGGCCUUCCAAUUUUGUAAACAGUAUAAAAGGACCACUGAAUUUCGUAGGCUGUGUGAGAUUAUAAGGAACCAUCUUGCUAAUCUAAACAAAUACCGUGAUCAGAGAGAUAGGCCCGAUCUCACAGCUCCUGAGAGCUUGCAGCUUUACUUAGAUACAAGAGUAGAGCAGCUCAAGAUAGCAACCGAUCUUGAACUGUGGCAGGAAGCUUUCCGUUCAGUAGAAGAUAUCCAUGGUUUAAUGAGCAUGAUAAAAAAAAGUCCAAAGCCAUCUUUGAUGGUUAUAUAUCAUGCCAAAUUAACAGAGAUAUUUUGGGUUUCAGAAAGUUAUCUAUACCAUGCAUAUGCAUGGCUUAGACUUUUCACUCUCCAAAAGAGCUAUAAUAAGAACUUAUCACAGAAAGAUUUGCAAUUGAUAGCAUCAUCUGUUCUAUUGGCUGCACUUGCAGAGGUCCCAUAUGACCGUAACUUUGGUGCAUCCCAUUUAGAGCUCGAAAAUCAAAAGGAGCGCAAUUUACGGAUGGCUAGCCUUAUCAACUUCACACUCGAUCCUAAACGAGAGAGUAGAGAACUGCUUUCACGCUCUUCACUCCUCACGGAAUUGGUUUCUAAAAGUGUAAUGACGUGUGUCCCCCAAGAAGUGAAGGAUCUCUACAAUCUCUUAGAGCAUGAGUUCCUUCCUCUGGACCUUGCAUCAAAAGUUCAACCACUGCUUACUAAAAUUUCCAAACUUGGGGGCAAGCUCUCUUCAGCCUCUUCUGUUCCAGAAGUGCAACUGGCACAAUAUAUCCCUGCUCUGGAAAAGCUUACUACAUUGAGAGUGCUUCAGCAGGUUUCUCAGGUAUACCAAUCCAUGAAAAUUGAGAAGUUAUCAAAGAUGAUACCCUUUUUUGACUUCUCAGUUGUGGAGAAGAUUUUGGUUGAUGCUGUCAAAUAUAAUUUUGUAGCUAUGAAAGUUGAUCACCUGAAGGGUGCUGUUCUGUUUGGUAAUGUGGAUAUUGAAUCUGACAAGCUUUGUGAUCACCUGACCAUUCUUGCUGAUUCUCUUAAUAAAGCAAGGAACCUGAUUUAUCCACCAGUCAAAAAGCAAGCGAAACUGGGUGAAAACUUUCGCGGUUUAGCAGAAAUAGUGGAUAAGGAACACAAGAGGCUUCUUGCCCGGAAAUCUAUAAUUGAGAAACGCAAGGAAGAACAUGAACGCCAUAUGCUGGAACUGGAACGGGAGGAAGAAUAUAGGAGAUUGGAACUUCAGAAGAGAACUGAACAGGCAGAACAGCAGCGGCUUGCUUCUGAGUACUCCCGAAGGGAGGAGCAGAGGAUUCGCCGCGAAAUAGAGGAAAGAGAACAUCAAGAAGCUCAGGCCUUACUUCAGGAAACACAAAAGGGUGCUAGAAGGAGGGGAAAGAAACCUUUGCUUGAAGGGGAUAAGGUUACAAAGCAAACUGUAAUAGAGAUGGCCCGAAAUGAACAAUUGAAGGAGCGUCAAGAGAUGGAGAAGAAACUGCAGAAAUUAGCAAAAACAAUGGAUUACAUGGAACGGGCAAAGAGAGAAGAAGAGGCACCACUAAUUGAUCAGGCAUACCAACAACGCUUGGUGGAGGAGAAAGUUCUUCAUGAACAUGAACAACUGAAAGAGAUAGAGCUGAGCAGACAGCACCAUGCAGGUGAUCUCCAAGAGAAGAACAGACUCUCGAGGAUGUUAGACAACAAGGCUAUCUUUCAGGAUAGAAUAGUGAGUUGCCGUGAAGCAGAAUAUAACCGAUUAAAGAAAGAAAGAGAGGAUCGUAUUAACCAGCUUGUAGCAAUGAGGAAACGGGAACGGGAGAUCAAACGUAAGCUGCUCUUCUAUAUUAAGUCCGAGGAAGAGAGGCUAACUAAGCUGCGAGAAGAGGAGGAAGCUCGGAAGCAUGAAGAGGAGGAGAGGCGGAAGAAGGAAGAGGCAGAGCGGAAAGCCAAGCUAGAUGCAAUUGCAGAAAGGCAGAGGCAGAGGGAGAGGGAAUUGGAAGAAAAAGAAAGGCUGAGAAGAGAAUCCCUCCUGGUUAGGACUGCUGAGCCGCCAUCUCGGCCAGCUGAUGCUGUUUCUGGCCUACGCCCGUCCGAGCCCAUCGCUGCUGCAUCAAGUGCUGGGAAGUAUGUGCCAAAAUUCCGACAGAGGGCUGAUAGCCUACAAGCAGCCCCCCCUGAGCCUGACCGAUGGGGCAGGCAGGAUGAUCGGCUGCCCCAGUCCAGUGAUAGGUGGCGUAGUGAUGAUCGUCGACCCUCAUAUGGUGGUGGUGGCUCUAAAUUUCCAUCCUCAUCGUCUUCUUGGUCUUCAUCAAGGCCACGUGGCUGACACACUCAGCAUGAGCUCAGGUGCAUGCUAGCAAAAGGACUGAAACCAGAUGUUUGUUAUUUUUCCCUUUUUUUUUCUAAGUUUUGUUAGGGAUGGAGGUUGUGCAUCUUAGAACUUUUAAAGUAUGGAGGAAAGGCAAUUUGAGUUCCGAGGGUAUUCAUAUUGCCAUUAAUUUUUAUAAUCGUGUCUAAAUAAAUUUGCGUAUUAAUAUCUCAAGUUGCACCUUACUGAACUUUUAUGUUGUUUGUUAUUUGUACCCCCCCUUGGAUUAACUAUGUUUAGUUAAUGGCCUUUUUUUAAACAAA